CCCUCCUGGAACAGAGACCAUGAUGACACGGCAUCGACGCGCUCUGGGGGAACCCCUGGGCCCUCCAGCGGAGGACACACAUCGCACAGCGGGGACAACAGCAGUGAGCAAGGUGACGGCUUGGACAACAGUGUAGCUUCCCCCAGCACAGGUGAUGAUGAUGAUCCAGAUAAGGACAAAAAGCGGCAUAAAAAGCGUGGCAUCUUUCCCAAAGUAGCCACAAAUAUCAUGAGGGCAUGGCUGUUCCAGCAUCUAACACACCCUUACCCUUCAGAAGAACAGAAAAAGCAGUUGGCACAAGACACAGGGCUCACUAUACUUCAAGUGAACAAUUGGUUUAUUAAUGCUAGGAGAAGAAUAGUUCAGCCCAUGAUAGACCAGUCCAACCGAGCAGUAAGUCAAGGAACACCUUAUAACCCUGACGGGCAGCCGAUGGGAGGUUUUGUGAUGGACGGCCAGCAGCACAUGGGCAUCCGAGCACCAGGACCUAUGAGUGGAAUGGGCAUGAAUAUGGGCAUGGAGGGGCAGUGGCACUACAUGUAACCUUCACCUAGGUAACCAAUGGCAAAGCCAGGGGGAAGGCUGCAAAGUAUGCCAGGGGAUUAUGUGUCUCGGGGUAGUCCAAUGGGUAUGAAUAUGGGACAGCCAAACUAUACCCCACCCCAGAUGCCCCCCCAUCCCGCUCAGCUGCAUCAUGGCCCUCCCAUGCAUACCUACAUUCCUGGACACCCUCACCACCCAGCGAUGAUGAUGCAUGGAGGACCUCCCCACCUUGGAAUGCCCAUGUCAGCAUCAAGCCCCACAGUGCUUCAUACCGGCGAGCCGGCAGUGAGCGGACAAGUGAUGGACAUUCAUGCUCAGUAGCUUAAGGGAAAUACGCGUUGUCUGCAGCGACUGUAGAUUUCAAACAUUGUCUUUCUGCAAUGACUAUGGAGUUCUUGGUGUCAACUUUGGACCAAGGGAUGUUCCGAUUCUUCACAGGGACCCUGAAAAGCAGGAAAACACCAACCGAAGUCAACUUCUGGGGACAUGCUAAAUAAGACAUUAAGAGAACAAAAGAGUGAAAUAUUGUAAAAUGCUAUUAUACUGUUAUCCAUAUUACGUUGUUUCUUAUAGAUUUUUUAAAAAAAAAAGUGAAAUUUUUCCACACUAUGUGUGUUGUUUCCAUAGCUCUUCACUUCCUCCAGAAGCCUCCUUACAUUAAAAAAAAGAAGCCUUACACUUUUCCUGCAAAUGACAGAAAGGGCUUAUUUGCAGGAUUUUUAGAGCAUUACAAUAACUAUGUCAGGCAGAAGAAUCUUUCUUCUAUCCUAGGAUUUCAGCCAUGCACACUCUCUCUCUCCUCCUCUCUCUCUGUCUUUCUUCCCUUUCUCUCCCUUUUUCCCCUUUCUCUCCCUCUCUCUCUUUCUAGCCUGGGGCGUGAAUUUGCAUGUCUAAUUCAUUUACUCACCAUAUUUGAAUUGGCCUGAACAGAUGUAAAUCGGGCAGGAUGGGAAAAACUGCAGUCAUCAACAAUGAUUAAUCAGCUGUUGCAGGCAGUGUCUUAAGGAGACUGGUAGGAGGAAGCAUGGAAACGGAAAGGCAGUGUAUUUGAAGCCUAAUUGUCACAUCAGAGCAUCCUUGUCCCCAUGCAGCAACCAUCACCGUGUGCAUCACUUCCUGUUUUAUGCAGCUCGAAACAUGGACUGAAGAUUUAUUUUUAAUAUGUUGACUUUCUUUCUGGGCAAGACAUUGGUCAUGUGUGCAUUUUUUUUUCCAUAGUCCCAUCACGGAGCAUUUAUGUAUACAUUGUAAAUAAAUUUUGUGCAAAAAGGACUGGAAAAAUGAUCCGUAUUAUUGCAAUUUUUUGUAAAAGUAGCAGUUUGGUAUGAGUUGGCAUGCAUACAGAUUUACUAAGUGGGAUAAGCUAAUUAUACUUUUGUUGUGGUUAAACAAAUGCUUGUUGAUAGCCUUUUUCUAUCAAGAAACCAAGGAGCUAAUUAUUAUUAAUAAUAAUCAUUGCACACUGAGUCUUAGAGUUUCUGAUUGAAACAGUUUGGAUUGUAUAAAAACUCAAAGCCCAGUUGUAGUAGUUUGAGUGCAGUAAUGAAAUCUGAAUCUAAAAAUAAAAACAAAUUAUUUUUUGUC